AUGAAAAAGAAUAAUAUCAGUGAACUCUAUGCACAAUGUAUUCAAUUAUGUAAUACAAAUAAAGUAAAUAAAAAAAAUGCAUGGGAUGUUCCUAUUAUUGAUUUAAUGCAAGAUAUAAUUAAUGAAAAUAAUGAUAAAAGUAAAUUCCAAAUGGCAAGCACUUCUAUAGAUGCUUCUUUAAUGAUUUAUUCUUAUAGAGUUGAUGAUAUUUAUCAAGCUUUUGCUAAUUUUGCUGAAUUAAUCACUACAAAUCAACUAGAUAAAGAAGUCAAUGAUCAAACUCAACAAACUGAAUAUAAAGAUAAAACUCUUCAUAUAAGAAAAACCAGAAAAGUCAAAUUACAAACACUUGAAAAAUGUCCAUCAAAUUUAAUUAAUAAAUCUUCAACAAAAUUAUAUCAAAACGAUUUAUUGUUCAAAGUGUAUCUUCAAAAAUAUAAUACUCAUUUUUUAUCGUUAAUUGGUGAUCAUGCCUCAUUUAUUGGUGAUUGGAAUCAAUUUAUUGAUAUCACUUCUUAUGUUCAAGAUGAUUCAUCUACUGAAAUACCUUGUAAUCUCAAUUUUGAUAAAAUUCAACAUCAUCAUAUAACUUCACAACAUUCUCAACAACCACAACACCAACAAUAUGACUUUACUGAAUUAGAUGAUUUAUGUAGUGAGGAUAAACAAAAACCAAUUCUUGGAAUACCUGUUACAACACCUGGAUAUUCUUAUUACAACAAGUUAUUAUUUAAAGAGUGGUAUCAUAACCAAAAAAACCAUUCAAAAAGACAUAGAGAAAAAUCAAAGAUGAGAGAAAUUGACUUAACAAUAAUUCCAAGUCAUAUCACAUUACCUUCAUUAUCUUCUUAUACAUAUUCUACUUUUAAAAAGAAAGAAAUACCUAAAUUUUCACUUCCUAUUAAAACAUUAAAAUGGUCAGUAAAUUGGAGUGUUAAUUCAUUAGGUCAUUGGGAUGAUGAUAUUAUUGAAAAUGACUCUUCUUAUGAUGAAAAUGGUGAUACAUUUAUUGAUAAUGAUGUGAAAUCUUGUAUCACUGAAGUAACAACUUGUCUCAAUCAGAAUCAUUCACAAUGGAAUAUUAUUCAACCACCAAAACAAUUUAAUACAAACCCACUCCAAUGUGUAGAAUAUCAAAAAUUACUUGAUUACUCAACACUAGAACAAUGUGUUCAAUCAGUAAUUCUUAAUUCUGAAACAAAAGUUAUUUCUUUUGAAACAAUAUACAACCAAACACUUCUUCAAUUACCAUCUAAAUUACGUUCAGAAGCUACUAUUCAUUAUGUUUUUGUAGUAGCAUUGAUACUAACAAAUAAAAAUCAUUAUCAUCUCUUAAAUCCGUCAAUAAAUCAACUGUUAGUGAAAAUCAUUGAUUAA